ACGAUCCCACCCCGCACCUCGCCGGGGGCGGCCGGGCCGCGCUCCGCCCCGCCGUGCGGGGGUGUCUGGGCGCCCGGGAGCAGCCCCGCUGCUGCGCGAGCGGAGCGGAGCGGAGCUCCUCGGAGCGGCGGCUGGCCCGAGGGGACGGGGUCCGGGAGCCGGCGAGGGGACAGGAGCCGAGAGCGGGGCCAUGUCGCUGCCGAUCCCCCCGACGGCCACGGCUGCCGCCGACCUCCCCCCCGGCCCCGGCCCCGGCCCCGGCCCUGGCGCGGAGCUGCCGCCGGGCGCGGAGCUGGGCCAGGGCAGCGCGGCCCCGCCGGUGGCCGAGGAGGAGGAAGGCGAGGGUGAGGAAGAAGAGGAGGAGGAAGGGGAGAAGGAGAGGGAGAAGCUGCCGCCCCUCCCGGCGGCAUCCAGCGCGGCGGCCGGGGGGUUGGAAAGAGGAGCAAAAAAUCAGUUUUCCACUUUCAGCAAUUUCAUCACAACUAUCAACCAAAAGAAAGAAGGCACCGGAAACAGAAAUUCACCUACGCAACUUGUUAUACCUAACAUCAAAAAUGUGAGAGAUCUACCACCUAUUUGUCUCGAUGUUAGACAAAAGCAACGAAUCUCUAUAGAUACACUACCCCAAGAACUGAAAGCCCCCAUUCCUCCUGAACCUUCCCUUCCUAUCCGAACCAAAACUGUGAAAGACUUCCAGGAUGAUAUAGAAAAGUCAAAGUCAUCAGGAGACUGGAAAGCUGUGCAUGAUUUUUAUUCUACAACGUUCGAUUCUUUCCUGGAGAUAAAUGCUGCAUUUAAGAAAGAUACCAAUUCUCCAUUUAAUACCAUUGAGGACUCUGGAAUCGAUGCAAAAUUUGUGAAUGUUGUCUAUGAUGCCUUAUUGAAUACUCCUCAAGAUGUUCAGAAGUCAGUCCUAAAGGGAAUAAUUAAUGGUCUGCUACAAGAAUGGAAAGGGCCACGAACAAAAGAUGAUCUUAGAGCAUACUGUAUACUUCUACAGAAUCCUCAAUUUAGUAACACUUCUACUUAUGUCAUCUAUGCUCACUUGCUAAGACAGAUAGCAGCCUUAACAGAAGCUGACCAUCAUUUCCUAGUGCACUGGUCUAAAAAGAUUUCACAGAGGAGGUUCAAGCAGGUGGUGGACAGGUUACUGCAAUUUAUUUCUUUACGCCUGUUUCCUGCAAAACCUGAAGAGUUUCCACCCAUGAUGAAAUGUACCUGGUGGAUUCCAUCAGCAACCAAAGUCCUGGCAUUAUUUAAUGCUGCAAAUAGUCUGAUUAGCCCCCCUAUUAUUUCAUAUAUGGAUUUCUAUAAUUCUACACUUGAUCACAUUGAUCUUAUGGAAGAAUAUCAUAACUGGCAAUGUUAUGGAAAUUCUCACAGGUUUUCUUUCUGUCAAUAUCCAUUUAUUAUUUCUAUAGCAGCGAAAAAGGUUAUUAUUCAAAGGGAUUCAGAACAGCAGAUGAUAAGUAUUGCACGACAAAGCCUUGUGGAUAAAGUCUCUCGCAGACAGAAACCUGACAUGAAUAUGUUGUUCCUAAAUGUGAAAGUGAGGAGGACGCACCUUGUUAGUGAUUCACUUGAUGAGCUAGCAAGGAAGAGGGCAGAUUUGAAGAAGAAGUUGAAAGUCACAUUUGUAGGAGAAGCUGGUCUUGAUAUGGGUGGCCUGACAAAAGAAUGGUUUCUUCUUCUGAUCCGUCAGAUUUUUCACCCAGACUAUGGCAUGUUCACGUACCACAAGGACUCACGCUGCCAUUGGUUCAGCAGCUUUAAGUGUGAUAACUAUUCUGAAUUCCGACUGGUUGGAGCUCUUAUGGGACUUGCUGUCUAUAAUAGCAUUACCUUGGAUAUUCGUUUCCCACCUUGUUGUUACAAGAAAUUGUUGAGUCCUCCUAUUGUUCCAUGUGAUCAUAACACACUUGUAGGCAUCUGUGAUGUUACGUUGGAUGACUUGUUUCAGAUUAUGCCUGAAUUGGCCCAUGGACUGAAUGAACUUCUGUCCUAUGAAGGCAAUGUUGAAGAGGAUUUUUACUCAACCUUUCAGGUUUUUCAGGAAGAAUUCGGUGUUAUAAAAUCUUAUAACCUAAAGCCAAAUGGAGAUAAGAUUCCGGUCACAAAUCAGAAUAGGAAAGAAUAUGUGCAGCUUUAUGUCGAUUUUCUUCUCAACAAAUCAAUCUACAAACAAUUUGCAGCUUUCUAUUAUGGAUUUCAUAGUGUCUGUGCUUCAUAUGCAUUACUGCUACUUCGUCCGGAAGAAGUUGAAAUUCUUGUAUGUGGUAGUCCUGAACUGGAUAUGUCUGCGUUACAGCGAAGUACUCAAUAUGAGGGCUACCAGAAAACUGAUCUCACUAUACGAUACUUUUGGGAUGUAGUACUUGGAUUUUCUCUUGACCUUCAAAAGAAGCUGCUACAUUUUGCUACAGGAAGUGAUAGAGUACCUGUGGGAGGCAUGGCUGAUUUGAAUUUCAAGAUUUCAAAGAGUGAAACAUCCACUAAUUGGUUACCAGUGGCCCAUACUUGCUUCAACCAACUUUGUCUCCCUCCUUACAAGAACAAGAAAGAAUUGAAGCAAAAGUUGAUCAUUGGAAUUUCAAAUGCAGAGGGGUUUGGUCUAGAAUAAAAUAAAAUACUUAAGAACAGCAUUUUUAUGUAGCACUCACUCUCUUCUAAUUGUGCCUUUAAGCUUUUUGUUAUGUCUCUUGAUACUGUGCAAGUCUUACCCAACUUAUAUAUUUUUUAAAUAUGAAGUGUAUGUUUUUUCCUUAAUGGCAAUACAUUUACUGCUUGCUUUGUCACAGAAAGUAGUUUUCUUCAUACAAAAAGCUUGUCUAUUUGAUAAAAGAAACAUGAUGAAGGCAAUUUCAAAGUUAUAGUUUGUUUCCGUUUUUCCUUAAUAGCACUUUAUCAUUAAUUGUAAUUACUUUACAUCACAUAUAUUCCACUGGGAAAUAAUAUACAGAAUAUUUCUUUAUUAGCUAGUCCCAGUGGUGGAAUGUUUUCAAUUAACAUGAAUAGUAGAAAAGAAUGUAACUUACAGCAUGUAGCCAUAUUUUCACUAAGGCAAACAGGAAUUUUAGUCUUUAUAAAAUGUAUGCAGUUUUAAUAUUCUGGUUUUCCUUCUCAGCUAAACAGGCUGUCUAAGAAGCAUGUAAAUAACUGCCUGUGAACAAAUAGAGUUUUGAUAGUGCCAUUUACUGCUAAAAAUUAUUUUUUAUGAAUAAGAGGUUUUAGGUGUUCUAUAUUCAGCUUUUACAGAUCAACAGGAUUGACUGUACAAAGAAUGUUUUAAAAAGUACUUUCUUCAGCUUGAGGGAAUUCAAGGCCAAACUACAGAUAUUAAGCAACUUGGAGGUUCAUUCUCUGGAACUGACAGCAACUAACCAGAUUUACUAUAGUGUCAUGGUGAACAAAACUAGAUAUUUAAAGUAAAUUCCGCAAAUGUUGAAAUAUUUCAGGAAAAAAAUUAAAUCUCCAACAAAUGAAAAACUAAUACAUAGUUGUUGUGCUGUCAUUUUUCAUCCACUUUGUUAAAAGUCUUAAAUAAGCUAUGACGAGUGAAUACAGUAACAUUUCAGAAGAAUGUUGAAGCUUUCAUUGACUUGAGGGCCAGCAUUUAAAGACAAUGUUUUGUGUUUUUUACUGCACAAACAACAUGAAAACAGUUCUUGAUAUGUGUAUUCUGAAUUAGUAAAUUAGGAGCUGGGGAAGAAACUAGUUCUAAAUUGCAGGUGUAAUUAUAAGUCUGGGUUUUAUUCAUUAAAUGGAAAGAAUUUAUCAGCAUGCAGUAUAGUAUUUUUUUAAUAUGAAUAGCUACUGUAUGUUCUAUAGAUUUUUCUUUCAUCUGAAUGAGGCCCAGAUCUUUCAAAAUAUUUAGGCAUCCAAUUUGCCAGCUUUCCCAGUUGACUUCUGCUGGGAGUUGAAUGCUUAAAUAGCUUGUAGUGUCUGUACUCAAUUACUUACUUGCAAUAAGAGUAAAAUUAUAUUCUUGUUUUCCCUUCCUAUAUAAUUUACAUACAACCAACAUAUUUUCACACAGUUAACAAAUUAAUUUUCCUAAUUUGUAGUUUCAAAGCUGUUGUGGAUUUUCUUCAAUAUCUAAGUGCAAAUUUUAUUUUAUUCUGUUUCCUAGAGAGAAGGUACUAGUGAUUUUACUAUUUUAUUAACAGAGAGAUAAAUAGUAGGGUAUUUCUAAAUAUUUGUCAUUCUAUUCAUAGUGCUUUCCUUGAAAUCAAUAUUAAAAUUUCCGUUGACUUCAGCUUCUAAUGAAACUAGGUUAGCAUGGAGAGUGUUAAAAGCAGCACUUCAAACUUGUGUGUUGUACAUUAUUUCUUUCAAAUUAAGCUUUAAAAUAAAUUUGAAUUUACAGGAUUUCCAAUGUUAAGAAAUAGAACUUUCACCACUACACUGAAUGAACUAGACAAAUUUAAAAUUGCUUGAAGCUAACACUUGAAUGUGGAUGUACGUAACAAAUUUGGAAACAAACACCUCCCUUUCCUCUCUCUGUAGAACUGGAUUAGUAGAAUGUCAGCUUAUGAAUAAAUAACUAUACAGUUUAUCUGAAAACAUGGCAAAUUAGCCAAAAUAUUUUUUUAUGGCUUAAGCCCACUUUUAAUAAUUAUCUAUUAUUGUCAAUAUAAAAGCUUUAUCUUCUUAUUUUCACCGAAUUGCACUUUGUGUUGGGUUUAGUUUUAUUUAUUAAUGCUUUUUUUGAUUUUACUGUGUAAUAUUACCUCAGAAUUCUAAAAAAACAAAACACAAACUAUUGUAUUUGCAUCAGUUUUUAAAUAAGAUAGUCAAUGACAUUUUAUAUAUUUCCUGAUGUUGAUAAAUUAAAUAGUAAAUUUUGUAUUUGUUAAAUGAAAGCAUUGCACUGUAUUUAUGAAACAAACCUGAUCAUUUUAAAAAUUUACUUCAACGAUGGUUUUUGUUCUUUUGUCUUGCCCUGUAAUCCAGCAAAUCUUUUUUUUUAUCUCCAUCAUUGUUUUGUAAUGUACAAAAGAAAUCUGGUUUGUAUACAUUUGUUCAUUUCUAAGUAUCUAUUUUUAUGUAUUAAAAUUGUGCAGUCAUUAAAUCAAGUAUUUCAAUUA